AUGGGCGUCUCAGGCCUUCUCCCGCUUCUCAAGUCCAUUCACAGGCCAACCGAGUUGAAGAAGUUCGCCGGCGAGACGCUCGGUGUUGACGCCUAUGGAUGGCUUCACCGCGGCGCCAUUGCCUGUGCCGUUGACCUGGCCAAAGGCAACCCCACCCGCAAAUAUGUCGACUUCGCCAUGCACAGGGUGAGAAUGCUCAAACACUUCGGCGUCACACCUUACCUGGUUUUCGAUGGCGACUUUCUUCCUAGCAAAGCUGCCACCGAAGGAUCUCGCGCCAAACGCCGCGAAGAGAGCAAGAAGUCGGCCAUGGACCUCCUCCGGGCCGGCAAGGCGUCACAAGCAGCCCUAGAGUUCCAAAAGGCCAUCGACGUUACACCAGAGAUGGCUCGCAAUCUCAUCGACGAAUUGAAGAAGAUGGGCCUCCCGUACGUCGUUGCACCGUACGAAGCUGACGCUCAGCUCGUCUACCUCGAACGUCAGGGUCUAAUUGGUGGUGUUCUCUCGGAGGACUCGGAUCUCUUGGUCUUUGGCUGUAAGCGGCUGUUGACGAAGCUCGAUCAGUAUGGAAACUGCAUUGAGAUCAACCGGAGAGACUUUUGUGCUGUUCGGGAAAUUUCUCUGACCGGAUGGACGGACACCGACUUCCGCCGCAUGGCCAUUCUCAGCGGCUGCGACUACCUAGAGGGCAUAAACAACAUGGGCCUCAAGACGGCGUACCGGAUGAUGCGCAAGUACAAAACACCCGAACGACUGGUCCGGAUGAUUCAGUUCGAGGGGAAGCAUCGCGUUUCGGAGAACUACAUGUCGCGAUUCGCCCAGGCGGAGCUUACCUUUAUCCACCAGAGAGUUUACUGCCCGACGAAGAAGCAGUUGGUAUGCCUGACGGAACCGGACGAGGGCAAUGGUGUGGAGGACAUGCCGUUUAUCGGCGGCUAUGUUGAGCCUGAGUUGGCCACAGCCAUUGCAGUUGGAGAUGUCAACCCGAUCACCAAAGAGACCAUCAUCCCUGCGCCCAUGCCUGGCUCAAAGACCGAUGCCAAGAGGAGACACUCUCAGUCUGCAGAGGCACUCGCCGCCGCCUCUUCGGCCUCGAGUCGCACGCGGCCGCCUACCAAACCGAUCGAUUCUUACUUCAAGGGUCACCAGCGCAUCCCGAUGGGCGAGAUGGAUCGCAAUUGCUUCUCAGUCGACCCGGAAAGAGUCGCAGCUCUCACUCACAACGGCCUUGUCCCUCGAGUCUUCCCCUUGCCUAGACCCUAUGUCGAAGGCACGUCAUCAUCUCAGCCAACUGCCAGCUCCCGCCCUACACGAACCGCCCGUUCUAUUACCUCUCCUCGCCUGAUACGACGACGGACCGAGCCCAUCCAGGAUCUCCUGGAACGACAUGCCCCCGGAAGCUCUGACGAGCCCCGCCGAGUUACAAUUGGUGACGCAGCAAACACCUUGGACGACAUCGAUGCCCUGAUGAGAAGCAGCUCUCAACGGCCGCCCAAGAAGGUUCGCCUCUGCGCGGACACCGAUAUUACCGAAACCAAACCUGAGGAAUCCCAAAAGAGCAAGUUCUUCCCCAAGAGCGGAAGCAACACCAACAAGAGUAAGAAGGACAGCUUCUUGUUUUCCGAUGACUCGAUCGACGAGGCGCUACUUAACCUGCCGGACAUUGACGGAUGGCAUGCCCCGAAGCCUAAGUCGAUUGCGGUAUUCGAGGAGAGCCAAAGUACAGAUACGGGCACUGAAGCGACUGCCGGCACGGACAGUCAAUUCAGCAAGGACGAGGAAAUAGCAACGACGCCGCAGACCGAUCUGUCCGAGGCAGAGGACAUCGAGCCGAAAAAGCCUGCUUCAUCAUUUCCGGAAAAGACAUCAAGACGUACGUCUUUGCAGCGAUUUGCCUUCAACUCUCAGCCGAGCCCUGUCGCUUCCAGUCAACCUGACACGCCGUCGACCGCCGUUUCCCAGCAUUCAUCUAUUUUCACACCUUCGACCGCCGCCCCCUCCACCGCAGCCUCGUCGAUCGCUUUCUCCGCUGGCUCGAGUUCAGCUGGCACCUCCAAGACCACUCCGCUCCUCACUCCGCUUCAGCGUAUGGGAUCCCGUGCCCUCCAACGCAAGAAUGUGCCUGCCCGCCGGCCCCUGUCCCCCACUAAGAGUGCGAUCCAGCGGAGUCCCAAGCGCAGCCCCCGGAAGAGCCGACUUCUAAAGUCAAUGCCCGUCAACCCUUCAUUCGUGCCCCUGCCCAAGGUUGAUCUGGCCGAGGUCGAGGCUCUGAACGCGCAGUGCGGAAGCGAAGACCAGAUCAUCCCCGAUAGCGACGGUGAGAAUGAGUACGAUGUUUUCGCAGAGGGCCUCGGCUGCACGGACGAGGACCCGCGACCCAAAGCCUUGAACCUUUCUCGGUUCGUGUAUAACUGA